CAUCGAGAGAAGAUGCACUUGUUGUCUGGAGACAGAACUAAGUUUUGUUUUAUGUUUUAAGUGUGAAAACGUUGAACUAUUGUUGUACAAAGACCAAAAGAAUGCAAUAAGCAAUGGCUAGAGCGGUUCCAUCAUGGGAUGAAUUUAUAAAUCACCAACUGUUGAGCCUUGGCGUAGCUAGCGGGGUUGUGCUAAUGUCACACUUGGGAACUGUCAGUUACAGUUAUGGUGACCUUACAAAUGUCUCACAGGAAGAAUUGAAACAGUUUGUCAGUCAGUUUGAUCAACACCCCAAACCAGAGGAGAACUUUCCAGCAGAGCCAGGUUAUGUCCUCAGCAUUGGUGGACAAGAAACUCGUUUCAAGAUAUUCAAAAAAACUUACUGCAGUAUCUACUGUACCACCAAGGGGCAUAACUCUGGCCUGGUUAUUGGCAAUCUCCCACAUGGCAUCUUGCUCUGCACAUACCAUCGCCCUGUCCAUAGUGUUCAAGCUACCCAAACCAUAGAGGCCUUCUGUAACAAGUUACGGGCCUAGCACAUUUGGACUGGAAAUUAAAACAUGCAUUGACUUUCCAUCCAGAGUACAGCCCUGGAGAUACAAGUUUUAUUUGGUCUAUCACUUUUGGCCACAGAUAUUGUGGCUCUUUUCAUCAAUUGCUGGUGAGCAUCAGCUAAAUGAGUUGAUCUCCAAUAAAACU